CUGUGGCGUGAGGUCGUUCAAGAGCUGGUCCCUUCUUGGAUACUCGGUCUGUUUACAGGUCAGGCCGAGUACACUGAGGCCGAGGCCGAGCCGGCCCGCCGGCCGGGGGGGGCGCGGCCCGCCAAGCGCCGCUGCUUCUGGGAGUACCGACGGAGCCGGGACACGGCCGCCAAGAGGAAGCUGGCCGGGGACGUGCACUGGUCCCUGUCCUGGAGCUCCAGCACCCUGCCCAGCACGCUGUACCGCCGCGAGGGGAAGAAAGGCCGGCGCAAAGCGCGCAAGACGGACGCCAGCGACCUGACCCCCAACCCCCAGAAGCUGCACAGCAUCGGCGAGCAGCUGCAGAAGCUCAACGCCGCCAUCGACGGUAUGGGCCCCGUCCACGAGCUGCCCGCCGUGGCCCGGGCCCGCUCCCGCAAGGAGAAGAACAAGCUGGCCUCCAGGGCCUGCCGGCUGAAAAAGAAAGCCCAGCACGAAGCCAACAAGAUCAAGCUGUGGGGGCUCAACCAGGAGUACGACAACCUGCUGGGGGCGCUGCUGCGGAUCAAAGAGGUGAUCAGGCAGCGGGUGGAGAGCGGCGAGGAGGACGACCCGGACCAGCGCGGGAUGACCCGCCGCCUGGAGGACAUCCUCAAAGAGUCCAGCGGACCCCUGGUCGCCGGACGGACCAAAGACUUUGUCCAGAGGAUCCUGGCCGCCAGCGCGGGCAGUCAGGACCAGCCCCGGGCGCCCCCCCAGGGGGGGGGAGGAGGAGGAGGAGGAGGAUGA